AGUCGAAGCCGUUCGCGUUCUCGGGCAAGGAAUACUCGAGGAAAACAUUCGCGCCGGUCGCACUCGACGUCAAGGGAACCGCCAGCGUGGGCAAAAGAACUGCUUUGCCAACAACGGCAAAAUGCAGUCGAUUUAAAAAAGCUAAAGUCGCAGGUCACAGGAAAACCAAACGAAGAUUCUACGACAACAGCGAGGGCCGUCGAGCACGAGUUUCGCUACGCCGGAAACAAGAAACAAUACGACGUCAAUCACUCAGUCAUGCAAAGAAUGGAUCGCGCGCUGGCCGCGGAUAAUCUAGACGAAGUGUCGAAGGAAAUUAGCGCAGGUAAGAGCUUACUUAUGGAACGAAACAAGCAUCUCUUACUUGCUGAUAAAUAUGGGUGGGACACCGUAGAAUGUUAUUCGGCUGAGCCCUUAGCUAGCGAUUCGGAGGAUGAGAAAAGGAUUAAGAGGGCGAUAAAAGAGAGCAAGUCACUGCGGAACGAGAAAAAGGCGAGUAGUUCGCAUGUAAAAAUUAAGAAGCCUUUUCUCGGAGCAGACAAGUCAACUCCCAAUGUUGUCAAAGGGCAGGGCCCCUUCAACUUUAGAGCACGUAGGCAAGUUUUUCCCCCCUCAGGGGACAACCGAACAACAUGUUUCCGAUGUGGGAAGCCAGGACACUUUGCCAGAGAGUGCCGCUCAGCCAAUGCCCGGUUUGUUAUCUCGGGCGCUACAACGACCAACCAAAAUAGUUCCUCAAACUGAGGCAAAUUCCUUGACAGAGGCAGAACUGUUUCAUGAACAUAGUAUAAUAGUUGAUAAUUUACGAGAACACUCAUCGGUUAUUGUUAAAGGAAGAUUACGGUCGAACCUGACUUUUUGGGAAAACAUUGCGGCUAGCAGUUGGGUUCUUGAUAUUAUUCGUAAUGGAUAUUGUUUGCCCUUUCUUGAGCAACCAGAGAAAAAAUUUUCAAAUAAUCAUUCAUCCGCUACUAACAAUGCGGAUUUUGUUACAAAGGAACUUCAAAAACUUGUUUCAACAGGGGCUGUAGUGGAAGUACUGAAGCCUGAUCUGACUGUGUGCAACCCCCUCGGUGUAGUUCAGAAUUCGUCUGGGAAAUUACGGUUAAUCCUGGAUCUUCGAUAUGUAAAUAAACAUCUUCGUGUCACAAAAUUUAAAUAUGAGGACAUCCGGACUGCAUGUGACUUAUUCUCGAGGGGAGAUUGGUUUUUUAAGUUUGAUUACAAAAGUGGCUAUCACCACAUAGACAUCUUUCCAGAGCACACUAAGUUCUUGGGAUGCGUGUGGUGGUUUAACGGACAACUAAGAUAUUUUAAAUUUGCGGUUCUCCCAUUUGGCUUGGCAAGUGCGCCAUUUUUGUUCACAAAAAUCCAGAAAGCCUUAGUCAAGCACUGGAGGUGCCAGGGUAUCAGGAUUUUUACAUACUUGUAGGCCGUGGGAUGAGCAUCCAAAAGAUGCAAUUCCGUUGCACCCCUCGUGGAACUACGUAAUUUUCACAUGAAUAAAUAGAUAAAAACUUACUUUAUCAGAAUCCGUUGCUCCCCAAGUGAAACAGGUGCACAAUUGGGAGAAAAAUCCCUCCAAAGUUUGAUAUUUUUGCGCUUCGAAAUAUUCGAACCGCCAUUAUUUUGGUAGCAAAUACGCAUGCGCAACUCAGUCAAACUCGCACUGCGCACGCGCAGAUUAUAAAAAUAGAUUCUCACUGGGGGGUUUCCCCGAUUUCCUCCGCAAAAACAACAAAAUAAAAUCACAGAAUACUGAUCAAACCUUGUAAUAUAAAUACACUCACAUUAAAUAUUGUUAAAAACACAUUGUAUAUUCUGCUUGCUCAUAUGCUAAAUCACUUCAAUUCAUUGGCUAUUGUUUCAAAAUACCGUUUUAACGUUAAUUCUACUUUAUAUUAACAUCCUAAUUCAAUACAAAUUUGUGUGAGGUAAAAAACCCACCUGUAUCAAACAGGACGGAGAAUAAAAAAUAUAUAUGCAUAUAAUUCACACGAUCAAGGAACAAAUGAAAUAUUUCGCUGACUUAAAGCCUUGGCCAAACGUAAGAAACAAUGUCGCGGAAAUAUUCGUGAUUUUUAAUUGGCUUUUAUUGCAGACGCAAUCAUUCCAGAAAGCAAAUUAUUUCCUACCAAAUUCAGAUUUCAGAAGCAUUUUAUGAAACACUCUUUAUCUGUUUGCCGACGCUGAUAAGACAAUAUGACAUACCGAAAGAUUGGAAAGACAAAUAAUAUGACAACAGUGUUUCCCAGUUCGUCCCGGGCUUUAAGGGAUAUUUAUAUAAACUCGAAAUUCAUCAAAAAAAAAUAAAUUGGGAGGAAAUAUAAAAUCCAUAAUUUCAUUAUAGCUAUCUAUAAUUGAAAGAAAUGUUUUCAUCUUUGAACCCAGAUUUUCAUCAGAGCAAUAAAAUCCCACUUAUUGGAUCCUGGCCAAGGGCUUGCACGCUCAAAACGAGAUUGCAUGUAUUCUGCAAUAAGCUGUCCUGGCUUUUGUCUGGUAAACUUCUACUUCUCGUAUUUGAACUAUUUCAUGUAUUAUAUUUAUAUUGUGACUUAAGUUGGUAUUUAGCCACUAUCUAGAAUAACAAGGAACGAUUCAGCCUGGUUUUUCGUGUCCACACUAGUUGACUUUUUCUUAUAGAUUUGCUGCUGUGAGUUUCAGCUCCUCCACCAGGGUGCGUUUUAGCUUCUCAGACAUGACCAUACUGUUAACCCUGUCCAUGAGAGGGAUAUAUGUGUUGAUAAUAUAAAUACUGUGGAUCUGAAUGAGAAUAUCGAAUAAGUAAAUAAAUACUGAUCUACUCCACUGAUAAUACAUACAUUACCAUCAUUGUUCACCUCAAAUCAUUAAUAAUUCAUGAGCAAAUUAGCCAACCAUAUUGCUUUAUUUUGCUCACAUGAUAAUACUAGAUCCCUUAUGAAGUAUAUUGAUCCUGUAGUGUCCUAGGACUGGAUUAAAAUUAAUUCAGUCCUUGGACUGGAUCAAAAUUAAUUAAGUAGUGAUUUAUUCAUAUGAGAUGUCAUUUCAAAUCCUCCAAUUCGGACUGGACUAGAUUUCAAGUCCUCACAUUUUGAUCCAGUCCUCUGCUUCGCCUCAGACGUGAUCAAAUUGUGUGGACUUGAAAUCUAGUCCAGUCCUCAUAGUCGGAUUUGAAAUAUUAUCCCUUGUCAAAUCAGAUGCCAAUGGUGGCCAAGGAAGAUUCAGUUUUGGUAUUUCUUGCACCUUUUGGUGAAGAAUCAAUACAGCAUUGUAUAGAAUUUGUAACUCAUUGACUUUAGAAUUUCCCUCAGUUUCUGUGUUGGAAUUCACAUCAUCAUCAUCAUCAAUGGUACAGCUCUCUUCAUCAAAGUCCUCAUCAUUGUUUUCAGACUUAGGGCCUGUUUAUAUGGAAGCCGGGCUGGCCUGAUAAGCGAGACAGCCUGGUAAGCAAGAUCUCGCUGUGUAGUUAUUUUUAUAGUAAAAAUUUAUCGUGCGUUUAUAUGAACAAGCAGGCUGGCCCGGGUUGCUGAGAUCUUGUUUGAAAGAGGCAUAUAAACAUUUACAAGCGGGCUAUCCCGGUUGCCGGGAUGAAAGUUCAAAGAUACCGCCGCAAGCUAUUUUUAACAACUGUCAAAACAAUACAAUGUAACAAAAUUGUCCUGGCAAGCGGGAUGAAAGUUUCUCAUAUAAACACAAGAGAAAUUCAUCCCGCUUACUGGGCUGUCUUGCUAAGCGGGCCAUCCCGGCUUCCAUAUAAACAGGCCUUUAAUUGACAUAUGUUCCUCAACCAAUUCAGAAGAAUCCAAAUUUUCCACAUAUACAAUCUCACUAACAUUUCUCAUUUUCGGUACACAGAACACAAGUUGGGGAUAACUUUUCAUCAGUCGUUGCUUGAGUUUAAAAGCUCUAUAUUUAGAUGCAUCCACAUUCUCAGUGUCCUUAGCAAUGAUAACAAAUUUCUCCAGCAAAUCUUUCAUAUACUUUAUUUGGUUAUUUCCGAUGACCUCCAUCUCAAUUACUUUCUUACAGAAUACGUCAUAAGACUUCUUGUACACUGAUGCUCUCGUUGCUUCUUCGUCUCUCUGGUGAGAAAUAUUAUAUAAUUGCAGUAGCAAACUUUGUGAUAGCGAAUUUCCAGAGCUACACAGUCUUUCCCCUGGAUUUGCACGAGUAUCUGUUGAUCAUUCUUUCUCUCGGCAGCUGUACGUAGAAGACCAGCAUCAAUUGUUUUUGCCAACAUGAGUGGGGUUCUUCUUCUCUUCUUAGUUACCUGGUGUGAAACAAAAUAAAUUAUUAAACUAAAUAUCUGCUAAUAACAAGGUUGGAUGUUUGUAGCAUAGAAACUACUUUACCCUAAAUAAACUUAAUUAAUCACAAUUCAAUAUAUUUUAAAACCAAACCUGAGAAUGUUGUGCACAUUGCGCUAGUAUUAUACCUAUCAAAAUGACCAUACCUUGUCUAGUGAGAACCACAAGGCGUCUCUUCCACAAAUAAUACAUAUCUCUGGGAGUACAUGCGCGUUUCUUUUAGGCAGGGCCUUUAUAUUUAUAGCUUCUGCGACUGAUUGACGUGUAAUUUUUCGCCUUGGUUCUAUUGCCUCCACUUCCACGUGUGAUUCUUUGGUAGAAGUUAGAGUUUUAGAGCUAGUUCCUUCUCUGUUAUCUACGGAUCUUCUCUUCAUCACAAAAUCUCUUCCAGCAUUUCAUAUGAUGGUUCCAUUCUAAGUUAAUGGUGUCAGGGUUCUUCUCGAUGUAUGAAUUGACAGAUCCGUCAUCGAUGUUCUCGUACGAUUUAUUAGCUAUUUCAGCUUGUUGACAUUUAAGUUUGACCCAUUUUGACAUACGCUCAAGAAAUUUCUUAAGCCUUUGGCGUUUAACUUUGCAAAGUUGCUCCGUAACGCCAUCAAAAUGCAUAAAACAUGAGGAUAUUCGAGUUUUAUAAAUAUCUUCAGCCAUGUUUAUUUGCAUAACUGAGCGUGUUUCCACUUCGAAGCAUGUGCGUUGGUUGUGCGCGUGCGCAGUGCGAGUUUGGCUGAGUUGCGCAUGCGUAUUUGCUAUCAAAACAAUGGCGGUUCGAAUAUUUCGAAGCGGGAAAAUAUCAAACUUUGGAGGGAUUUUUCUCCCAAUUGUGCACCUGUUUCGUUUGGGGAGCAACGGAUUGUGAUAAAGUAAGUUUUUAUCUAUUUAUUCAUGUGAAAAUUACGUAGUUCCACGAGGGGUGCAACGGAAUCCGUUUUCUAAGCAUCUUUUGGAUGCUCAUCCCACGGCCUAUUGGACGAUGGCGCGGGUGCCGAGUCAAAUUAUGAGGAUGCAAAGAAAACAUCAUUAAUGGUUCAGCAGGACAUAAAAGCUAGCGGUUUCGUGGCUAACGAGGAGAAAAGUCAGUGGGAGCCGGUUCAAUGUGGGGAACUGUUAGGGUUCAUGAUAGACUUGGCCUCAGGUGUGUUCACUGUCCCGGACAGGCGUGUUGUGGCUUUUAGGGACGUCUUAAGUAAAAUUAUGACUAAUUCGUUUGUGGUUUCGGCACGGCAUUUUGCUCAAUUUACUGGUUUACUAUCAUCAAUGGGGUUGGCCCUUGGUCCUGUGGUGCGUCUCUGGACUAGAGAACUCUAUAGAUCCAUACAACAGUCGACGAGUUGGGAUCAGAAAUUUCGCUUAUCCGAAGAGGGUAGAAAUGAAAUUCUAUUUUGGCAUGAAAACUUUUCGAACAGUGGCCAGCCCAUUUGGGCUGCAUGUCCAAUCAUUGAAGUGAUGACAUAUUCCGAUGCCAGUGAUGUGGCAUGGGGUGGAUAUGCAGUUCAAUUGGGUGGGCAGACAGCUGUGGGCAGCUGGUCGGAGAAUGAGAGUGUAAAAAGCUCUACGUUUCGGGAGUUAAGGGGUGCGAGAUUGGUGUUAGAGUCAAUGGCACCACAGUUGGAGGGAAAGGAAGUGCGUCAUAGGACAGACAGCCAAAGUGCAGAAAGAAUUAUGACAGUCGGUAGUCGAAAUCCAGAACUACAUAAGGAAGCCAUCUUGCUCUACAAAGUAUGUAGAGAACAUAAUAUUCGUUUGUCGGUUGAGUGGGUCAGUCGAGAUUUGAACGAGGAUGCGGACUACCUAUCUAGAUUGGAUGAUCCAGACGAUUACAAGUUAGAUCCAAAAGUAUUUGGAUCUAUUGACAAUUGUUGGGGCCCACACACAUAUGAUCGGUUUGCUAGUAUGAAAACCAACCAGCUACCACGUUUUUCAAGCAAGUAUAUGAACCCCGGUUGUGAUUCGACCGACGCAUUCACCGUUUCUUGGGUGGGUGAGAACAAUUGGCUUUUCCCUCCCCCAUACUUAAUCCCUCGUGUGUUGCGCCAUAUGAAUGCCAAUAACGAAUAUGGUACUUUGCUUAUCCCUUACUGGCCUUCAGCACCAUGGUGGCCGUUGCUCAUCAACAAGCGGGGUUGUUGGAACUCGUUUGUGACAGGCUGCCUGGAACUUUCUACAUACAAUGGCAUAUUUAUAUCAGGAUCAUUGUCAAGCAAUAUAUUUACUGCGGGUGUGCCGCCUUUCGAGCUGCGGGCUCUCCAGUUGCGAUUCAAGUAGCAUGUGGUGGGAGGUCGUUUGGACCAAAGAACCCACAAGGUCGUGUGGACCAUAAAUCUACUGAGGUCGUUUGGACCUGUAGAUGAAAGUACAUUUAUAUUAGUGUUGAAUAAAAAAUCAUUGCCCUAUUUGUCGUUUGGACUAGCAAGGGGUAGGUCAUGUUGACCGGCGAAUAUUUUGUUGAGACUGUAUUUACGCAUGUAUUAGUUUUAACAUUAGGUCGGUUUGACCUGUGGCAUGUGUAGUAGGGUUUGCAUGGUUGUGUUGACCAUGGCAUGUACUGUAUAUAGAUACUGUUUAUUAUAUGAGCUAUUUGGGCUGAGGGGUUUAAUAUAAUAUAUGGUUAUGUAGGUUAAUCUGCCUUGUUCUUGCAGACCAUAAAUCUACUGAGGUUGUUUGGACCUGUAGAUGAAAGUACAUUUAUAUUAGUGUUGAAUAAAUCAUUGCCUUUUAUGUCGUUUGGACUAGCAAGGGUAGGUCAUGUUGACCAGCGCAUAUUUUGUCGAGACUGUAUUUACACAUGUAUUAGUUUCAACAUUAGGUCGGUUUGACCUGUGUGCAUGUGUAGUAAGGUUUGCAUGGUUGUGUUGGCCAUGGUAUGUACUGUGUAUAGAUGCUGUUUAUUAUAUGAGCUAUUUGGGCUGAGGGGAUUAAUUAAUAUAAGAUAUGUUUAUGUUGGUUAAUCUGCAUUGUUCUUGUUAUUGUUUGGUGCAUGUAGUCUCAUUUAUUCUUAGUGCCAUGUCCUAGUGAGAUUCAAGUUGAAAACUGGCUUGAUCUUGAUCGGUUUGAUGAUCCAGAAUUGAAGAAGCUGGCUGAAUUGCUGCCUAGUAUCAUCAUUCAGGACAGAGCUGAGGGCACUAUAAAAACGUAUAUUAGUGCCUAUAGGCUUUGGAAACGAUGGGCGUGUACUCAUGGCGUAUGUCCAAUUCCGGCGGACGGGACGGCCUUGUAUAUUGUGUCCUUGAUACAACAACGACGAUCGGUGUCGUCGAUUAAUUCAGCAGUAUAUGGCAUUGAUUGGAUCCAUAAAAAGAAUGGCUAUGGACUUCCUAGCGUACAUUCUGUUGUGAAACAAGUGACUGACGCAGCUAGGCGAAUUCUAGCGAAACCCAAAUCAAGAAAAAAGCCUUUAUCUAGCACACAAGUUAAAUCGAUUGUGCAACGGUUGGAGAAAGGAUCCCUUGCUGAUCUCCAGGUAGCAGCGAUGUUUGCAUUGGGAUUCUAUGGCUUCCUUCGCUGGGAUGAUCUCAGUCGUAUUACCCCUGAACAUCUCGAGUUUGCACCAACCCAUCUACUUGUUCACCUGGAGAAGAGAAAGAAUGACCAGUUCCGGAAAGGAACGCAAGUCCUGAUUGCAAGAGCGGACAGAGCACCAUGUCCGGUAGCUGUGGUUGAGAAAUUUCUGGGGAAGGGACGUCAUAAGCCAGGAAUCUCCAUUUGGAGACGUAUCCAGAGUACCAAAUAUGGUCAGGUACUUCGGAGUACGCCUAUGGCAUACAGCCGUGCUAGCGAGUUGUUCAAGAAAGAAUUGGUGAAGGAAGGUCUUGAUGCUAAAGAUUAUGGUCUUCACAGUUUACGAUCUGGUGGUGCUACAACUGCAGCUGCUCUGGGUAUUCCAGACCGCCUGCUGCAGAGGCAAGGAGGGUGGCGUACUGCAGAGGCAAAGAACAAUUACAUUGUUGAGUCAAAAAACUCGUUACUUCAUGUUACAAAAACAAUGCAGAAG